AUGAAUUCUCUUCCACUUCUUCUUCUUCUAUUCUGCCACGUGGCAUACGUGACAGGUGUCUGUCGAGACACAGACACGUGUAUUGAGAGAGUCAAAGAAGUGGUUGCUGCUCCGAGACGUUUCUGGUUCGGAGAACAACGAUCCGCUCUCUGCUCCCAUCGAAAUGCCAAGUCUCUGGAAUGCGGAGGACCACCUCAGUUGGCGAAUUUUCACUCAAUCGCAAGCCGUCUCUUCAGAGUAAAAACCUACCACUCCGCCUAUCUCCGAAAUCUGAACAUCUUCCCCCGAGUGACCUACCGUGCAUCUCCUGGACACUAUCGUGCUUGCGAGCAUGACUUUUUCAGUGGAAACACAUCGGCAGUCGAAGCAGAUCCAGAUAUGGAACCAGUUGAACCAUUCAGAAUAAGAAAACGUCCUGAGAUCUCGUGGAGUGAAUUACAAUUCGAUGAUCAGUACACAAUUGUGUUCACUGAUGUUGGAUAUGCCACGUUGAACUACUUGGCUGUUGAUUUCCCGAAAGCUACGAAGAUUCUCAAGGAAUAUGAACCAACCGAGAAUUAUCGACCGUCCCCCAACCCAGUGGUAGUUCUAAUCUUCAGAAAAGGAAGAGUCGACGUUGAAUUACCCAAGAGUGAAGAGGAUUUUGAUCUACCUCAAUUCAUGCUGAAACACGAGUUGGAAGAUGAUCUUGUUGGAUUAUCACUGAUUGUUGCAAGUAGUGAUCCAUUUGCAAUCGAGAAACAACGUCUUCGUGGAAAGGUUGAUUACUGUCACAGUCUUCUUCAGAAGAGACUUUCUUCUAAUCCACCACGUCAUCACACAAUUCUUCAUCGUCUUCCAAUCGACGAAAUUGAUUCUUGGAUUUCAGUGUCUUUCGAUCAACAUCCGAUGAAUGCCAAUGCUUGUUGUCAGAAAAUAAUGCUUCCAAAGACUUCAGUCUUCCUUGAUCCUCUUGGAGAUGUCUCAAUAUCUGCUUUAACCACUUUGACACCUCCUUCGAUCAGCUCAAUGAGAAUCACUUCUUCUCAUUCCAAUUACAUCAACUAUCACAGGCAGACUAGGAACUUUGUUGAUGUCGUUCUUUCAGAAUUCUCAAACGAAAAGUUCUCUCUGGCCAUAAUCGAUGCACAUCACGGACAUUUGCACUGGUUAGAAGUGGACAUUCCAUCAGCCAAUUUGAAUGCAGCCAAUGGAAAUGGACUGACGAAAGCCGACUAUGUGCCCCUGAUUCCGAAGAAGCCGUCCACGUGUCAUUCGUAUCUUUUUGUUCUUUUGGCUCAACCAGCUUCAAUGGAAACUUUAGAACCCUUCUGUGAGGGAAUGUGUGAGAAUCGAAAGAAAUUCAGACUUGAACUCUUCAAACAACAGCACAAUCUGCGUCUCUCUGCUCUCUCCACUGUCUCAUCAUGCUAUGAUCUACCGUAUGCAUAUCAUAUUCUGAUGAAAGACGCAAGUCAGAAUAGAACGAUGGAACGACGUGGCAAACAACGCACUUCAUUACAUUCUCCAAUGUCUUCUGAAGUUUGUGCAGCAUUCCACGUGUCUCCACAUCACAAAUGUCCGAUUAGUUCGUCUUCUGAAUCCAUUCUCCUCUCUGUUCACCUUCUGGUGACCUCCAUCCUUCUCAUUUUUGCUCACUUCUUCUAG